AUGAGAAACCACUUCGAGUACGAGUUAUUCCGAUUCCCACCCUUUUCUUCUCACUUCAACCCGAGGGAUCAUAGCUUUGGACCUUUCGGUGGAAGCAGAGCUGGAUGGCCUAACUUCAAUAGACCUGGCUGUAGGCCUCAUGGACCCCCUGGAUUUACCAACUGCCACGGCCCUCCUCAUCAUAGACAACAUGACCGACAUAGGUCACCUUCUCCGCCGCGUGAAGUUGAUGACCUAGAAAGACCGAGAACUCCCGACCAUGGUCAUCACGGCGGACGACAUGAGCGAUGCAAGUCACCUGGGCACCAUGGAUUUUCGAGAUGCUGCCGUGAACGUCAAAUAAACCAUCAUGGAGAAAACGAGAGGUGUAGUUGGGGACAUGGUAUGCCAUGUGGACCUGGCAAAGGACCUAAAAGAGGACAUCAUCACCACCACUGGUCUGGUCUUGACCAUCAUGGUUUUGGUCCAAGAUUUUGUCGUAGGGGCUUCUUUGACCGUUUCGGUCCUGAUCAUUGUGAGCCACAUUGUGGGCCAAGAUUUGGUCAUCGAAGACCAGGGCCUUACGGUAGACCAGCUGGAUGUACAGAGUGCGAAGACUGCGAAAGUGAACCUUGUUGUUCAGGAAAUAAAGAUACACGAGCGUCUAAAAAGCCAGGAGCGAUGAGAAAGGAAAAUAAAUCUUGCUGCGCAAAGGAUAAGGAUCAAGAUGAGGCUGGAGAUACAGUUUUGGUGCAACGGAUUAUUGUGGAAAGAGCGCCGACUAGACCGAAAUCUGUUUAA